UGAAAGUGUAUUCAAAGCAAUCAUUCAUUCAUUCAAUUCAUACAUACUUUGAGUCGUUUGACUUCAAAACACUUUUGUCGUCGACUUCACUGUUGUUUACGUCUAACUGUUGGCCACUUCUUCAAUAUCUUGUUCUUCUUCUUAGUCGAUGAUUAUAUGAGAUGUUGUCAACAGAAAUGCGGUCACUGUUGAUAACGAUGGCGAGUGCUGUGUUGACCACUACUGUCAUCGGCAAUGCUUUCUAUCAGAAGAAACAAUUUUAUCCUUCAGUUGUUUACAUCACCAAAUCUAACCCAUCGAUGGCUAUAAUAUAUAUUCAAGCCUUUGUGGUCGUCCUAUUAAUGGGAAAAUUGAUGCGAAAAAUAUUUUUUGGACAAUUAAGAACUGCAGAGAUGGAACAUUUAAUAGAGAAGUCAUGGUAUGCCGUCACUGAAACGUGUCUCGCCUUUACUGUCUUCAGAGAUGACUUAUCACCAAAAUUUGUGGCACUCUUCACAUUAUUGUUAUUCUUGAAGUGUUUCCAUUGGUUGGCUGAAGACAGAGUGGAUUACAUGGAAAGGAGUCCUAAUAUAUCACUUCUUUUUCAUAUACGUGUUAUAUCACUUCUCUUUCUUCUGGGAAGUCUUGACUUUUGGUUUAUUCAUAUGGCAUACUAUAGUACUCUUACAAAAGGAGCGUCCGUUCAAUUGGUUUUCGGCUUUGAGUACGCUAUUUUGUUUGCCGUUGUCUUCAAUAUACUUAUGAAAUAUGUAUUACAUUUCGUUGAUCUUCAAAACGAGAAUCCCUGGGAAGAUAAAGCCGUAUAUCUAUUAUAUACAGAACUAAUGAUGGGUUUCUUGAAAGUCAUAUUGUAUUUAUCUUUUAUAACAAUUAUGAUGAAAAUCCAUACUUUCCCACUGUUUGCUAUCCGUCCAAUGUAUUUGAGUAUGAGAGCCUUUAAGAAAGCUCUAAACGAUGUUAUAAUGUCUCGAAGAGCCAUAAGAAAUAUGAAUACACUUUAUCCGGACGCAACUUCUGAAGAUCUACAGUCUUCAGACAACGUAUGUAUCAUUUGCAGAGAAGAAAUGACUGGAAAUGGAAGCGCUAAGAAAUUGCCGUGUAAUCACAUGUUUCAUAUAUCAUGUCUACGUUCAUGGUUUCAAAGACAACAAACUUGUCCGACCUGUAGAAUGGAUGUCCUCAGAAAUAUUCCAAAUGUGAGCGCAGACAAUGUCAGAGCUCAACAGCAGCAGCAACAACAACAACAACAACCCAGAGUACAACAGCCAUUACCACCAAUGCCUCAAUUUUUCAUACCUCCUAAUUGGCAGGCAUUUGCUGCUGGCUUUCCUCAACAACAACCUAACUUAGCCAAUCAGAAUAAUAAUAACAAUAAUGAUAAUGUUAACAAUAAUAAUAAUAAUAAUCAAACAAAUAAUAACAAUAAUAAUAAUAAUAAUCAAACAAAUAAUAACAAUAAUAAUAAUAAUAAUCAAAAUGUUCCGAAUGCCGGUUCUCAAGCAAAUAGGACAACAACUGCUCCUUCAUUUAUCCCAUUCCCUCCAUUUGUUCCAUUUAUGGCACCACCGAUGCCGACUCCACCACAAGAUUUGAGUCGACUGUCAUUAGAAGAAUUACGAAAUCUUGAGGGACAGGAACGACAAAAUGUUGAGGCAAGAAUUAGGUGCUUAAGAAAUGUACAGACAUUGGUUGAGGCAGCUUUGCUUCAACUACAACAAUACAAUACUGUUACGAAUCAAAUGACUGCAUCACAAACAGUCUCAUCAGACACGCCUUCUACUUCAGGCGCGACCGCAACUACUUCUGCAGGUGUCGCGUCCACUUCAAGUAACAGUUCUGGCGAUACAUUACCGGUGAGGGCACCCAACGAUCCGCAAGAAAUAUUACGCCAAAGACGUUUGCAGCGUUUCUCACAGACUCAACCACCGAUUAUUGACUCAAACACUGAAACAAUAGUCACUGAUCAGUCAGCUUCUCAAAGUCAGGCCUCCAACUCAUCCAAUCAGAUAUCAGAUUCAAAUAAUGAUAAAAAGACAUGAUUUGUUAUAAAGAGUUAUAAAUUUUUAUUAUUAUUAAUAUAUUUAAAUUAUUAACGAUUGU